AUGUCACUCUCCACCUGGGACGCCCAGAACAAGUGUUUUAAAGAAGAGUUUGAAGACGAAAUCAUUUUAACGCUGGUCCCAGCUACUGAGGAAGAGAUCACCACAAAACUACCAUCAGAAUCCGUUUCUUCAACCAUAGACCACGGGCCACCAGUUCCCCCUACGGCACCUUCUGAGGAGGAUAGCAAACCUUCAACACUGAAGCUAAAGUCCCACUCACCCCUGCCGGAAAUCCUUCCUCCUAUUACUGAGGUGUCCAGGAACACUCUUCGGGCAUGGUGUCGCCAUCAUAACUUGAGUACUGAUGGCAAGAAAAUUGAUGUCUACUUGAGACUUCAAAAGGAAGCAUAUUCAGAACAAAAUUGUUAUAUUCCACAAACAUCCCUUGAGGCCAAAAUGAAGCCAAAACUCAAGAAGGCUAAAAAAGGAACUGCCAGCAUGACCAUCAAAAAACCCAUGUCUCAAAAUAUCAAGAGUGAGAAAGAGAACAGCAUUGUUGAAGUCAUAACAUCAGAAAGGGAGUCUGCGUUUGCUGCCUGGGGAAGAAUUGCCACAAGAUCGGGUCUGCCCAGGGGUGCCAAUUGCCAACCUCUUCCCUCUAAUGUAAAGUCCUUUCUGCCACCAUCUCCUGGAUACAGGUGGUGUGUUGUCCAUGGCAGACUGCUCCCAGCAGAUAAGAUAGGCUGGGUUUGCCUGCAGAUGAGCAUUGGUCAUACCUGGGUUCCAGACAGUUCCCAAAGAAUGGUCUCUCUCUUCCUAUUACCAGCCUGUGUUUUCCCUACCCCAGGAGUAGAAGAUAACCUGCUGUGUCCUGAAUGUGUGCAAAGCAAUAAGAGGAUAUUGAGAAAUUUUACAAGAAACAGAUGCUCUGCAAGGAAACAUAAAAGGCUACCUCCAAAUUUGCCACCUUAGACC